AACUUGCUAGCAUGCGCGUUCGUAUUGUGUUGGAAUUCGUUGGUGUGUGGCAUAUGUCGAUAGUUUACUUUGUUAACAUUAAUUUAUUUAAUCAUUAUGAGUACUGAAGUGGACGUGAAAUUGUUUCAGUCACUCGGGCUUAGCGAACAAAAAGCUAAGGAGACUUUGAAAAAUGUUCAAGUCUCGAAAAAUUUGAAAGCGGCGAUAGCUGAGACUACCCAGUAUGGCGAUAUCAAUAACGAUAUCGGAACAUUACUUUAUCAUCUGGCAUCCAAAAUCAAACUUCAAGUAUCGGAUAAAAUAACGCUGCUGUCAAAAUUAAUAGCACAACAUAAACUGGAUACAACGCAGCGAGUGGAUGCUGCGCUAGAGUAUUUAUUACAGCACAUCGAGGGUUCUCUAAAUAUUCAAGAAUUGGAAAAAUACUGCGGUGUUGGAAUAGUAGUAACACCUGAAGAGAUUGAACGUGAAGUAGAAUUAUUGAUAAAAAAAUACAGAGAUGAAAUCGUUGAAAAGAGGUAUCGAUUCAAUUCUGGUCCUCUGAUGCAAGAGGUGCGCAAGACUUUGAAAUGGGCAGAUGGAAAAGCUAUUAAAAGUGAAGUAGAGUUACAACUACUGGUUUUACUUGGUCCUAAAUCAGAUGCCGAUCUUACGCCGAUGCCAAAACAGAAACAAAUAAAAUCGAAGUCAACUUCAAAAAAGAAUGAUAACAAUGAUGCAAAGAGUGACACAAAAGAAAAUGAGAAAUCCUCAGAGGCUCAAACGAUUAGUGAGUUGAUGAAAACCAAAAUUCAUUUUCAUAAGCCUGGUGAAAACUAUAAAACUGAAGGAUACGUCGUUACACAGAAUACUCAUAAUCUUAUUCAACAACAUCUAAAAGCAACUGGAGGUAAAGUUAGAACAAGAUUUCCUCCAGAACCUAAUGGGAUUCUUCAUAUUGGACAUGCAAAAGCUAUUAACAUCAACUUUGGAUAUGCUGAAGCACAUGGAGGAUUGUGUUAUUUACGUUAUGAUGACACAAACCCUGAGAAGGAAGAAGAAAAGUUCUUUGUUGGCAUUCGAGAAAUGGUAGAGUGGCUUGGGUAUAAACCAGCAAAAAUCACGUAUUCCUCUGAUAAUUUCCAGCAACUUUAUGAAUGGGCCAUUCAACUUAUAGAAAAGGGUCUAGCCUAUGUCUGUCAUCAAAAAAGUGAAGAAAUGAAAGGAUUCAAUCCACCUCCCAGCCCAUGGCGAGAACGACCCAUUGCUGAGAGCUUACAAUUAUUUCAGGAUAUGAAGAAUGGGAAAUUUGACGAAGGUGAAGCCACACUACGAAUGAAAUUGACAUUGGAAGAAGGCAAGCAAGACCCAGUUGCCUACAGAAUAAAAUACUUUCCCCAUCAUAGAACUGGCGAUAAAUGGUGUAUCUAUCCAACAUAUGAUUAUACACAUUGCCUCUGUGACAGCAUAGAAAAUAUCACACAUUCUUUAUGCACUAAAGAAUUUCAGUCCAGAAGAUCAUCCUACUACUGGCUUUGUAAUGCUCUUAAUGUUUAUUGUCCUGUGCAAUGGGAAUAUGGAAGAUUGAAUGUUGGAUAUACAGUUGUUUCUAAAAGAAAGAUCGCCAAACUGAUUGAUGAGGGUAUCGUGAAUGAUUGGGAUGAUCCAAGAUUAUUCACUCUGUCAGCGUUACGUAGGCGUGGAUUCCCUGCAGAAGCUAUAAAUAACUUUUGUGCCCAAAUGGGAGUAACGGGUGCUCAAGCGGUCGUUGACCCUGCUGCUUUGGAAGCAGCUGUUAGAGAUGUUCUCAAUGUCAGCGCUCCUCGUGUGAUGACUGUCCUGGAACCCAUACGAGUAACCAUCAGUAACUAUGGAGAUAGUGGAACUCGCAAGCUGAAGGUUCCCGACUUUCCCAGCAACCCUGAAAGGGGUCAUCAUGAGGUCUCGUUUGAUGAGACUGUUUACAUAGAGGCAUCUGAUUUUAAAGAGAAUGAGGAAAGAGGUUUCAGGCGAUUGACUCCAAAUCAAUCUGUUGGACUUAAACACGCUGGUGUGGUUAUCACAUUGAAAUCAAUCGAAAAAGACGCGUCUGGUAAUAUUAUCAAUCUAAUCGUUAAACAGGAACCUGUAUCUGAAACAAAUAAACCCAAGGCGUUCAUUCAUUGGGUAUCAAAACCGUCAUUGGCAUCUGUGAGGCUUUACGAGCCUCUAUUCCAACACAAAAACCCUGAAGAUCCACAUGAAGUACCUAAUGGAUUUCUUAGCGAUAUCAAUCCACAUAGCAAAAAAGAAGUUGUAGGGUAUAUUGACACAGGACUUAUUAAUGGAGCUAAACCUUUUGCUCAAUAUCAAUUUGAACGCAUCGGUUUCUUCACAGUAGAUCCUGAUAGUAAACCUGACAUGCUUGUCUUCAAUAGAACAGUGACUUUGAAAGAAGAUGCUGCCAAAGUUUGAGAAAGCUAUUUCAGUGCUAAUAGUUGGAGAAAACAUAUACUUCACUUUUAUUUUUGAAAGUCUAGUGUAAUAAUAACAUUAUAUCAACAAAAUUGUAAUCUACAAACGUACUGCGGCAUAUAAAUGAAUUUCUACAUCGA